AUGAGAAUUUUAACCCUACUGCUAGGCAUUGGCCUUUUGACCAGUUGCUUUGUUCGAAGCGAUGCCGCUGAAGCCUGCACUGGAUCACAAACUCCAGAAGCCGAUGACUGCACGGAUUGUUCCUUAGAAGACAAUAAGGAAAAAGAAGAAUGUGUAGCAUUGACCGACACCACUACCACCACCACCACCACCACCACCACCGCAGCGCCAGGAUCGACACCAUCAACUGAAGCUGGAAAUUCUAAUACAGGAAGCUCUACACCAAAUUCUGAAAAUUCGACAACCGAGGCAAACAAUAGCGCAAGAGACAAGCACGCCGUAGAGCCGCACGGAGACGUAGGCAGGCCAGAAGGAGAAGAAGACAACGGAGGCAAAGAAGGCGGCAGCAAAACAGAAGGAGGCAAGGCUAACACAGCUUCAAACAAAACUUGGAAUUUUCCAAAGAACAUUUUGAAAAUAAAUUGA